ACCCCGAGCCCAGGAAAUGAUGACGCUCAGCUGUGAAGUGUUGUCGUGUUGUCAGCUGCUGCUCGCAGACCGACUCGGGCUCUCACGCAGGGACGCGUUUUCUCUUUUAAUGCCGUAAUUAACUCACGCCAUCUUCAUCAUUACUGCCGUUAGAGUGACGCGUCGCCAUGGAAACCGCGUGCGGAGUCAGGAUGAAGUCGUGCCGCUGAGACCGGAGGGACCCCCAAAAGAAUCAACACUGUGUCUGAAAUAAACAACAAUAAUAACAACAGCAACUAAUUAUUAAACUCUUCCGAUGUGAAAGGAGGAGUUUAAAUCACGCGCUGAUUAUUUCUUUUUAAUCACCAGGAGUCAGCUUUACUCGCUUGGACUGGCACUGCAUCCAGUGGCUGGGAAUUGAACCCAGGCUUUCUGCAUAGUAGACGUCCUUGCUUCUUUUUUUUCGCCACGAUGAACGUGGGCACGGCGCACAGCGAGGUCAACCCUAACACACGUGUGAUGAACAGCCGGGGCAUGUGGCUGUCCUACCUGCUGGGCAUCGGCCUCCUGCACAUCAUCCUGCUCAGCAUCCCCUUCGUCAGCGUGCCUGUGGUGUGGACGCUCACGAACCUCAUCCACAACAUGUGUAUGUAUCUCUUGCUGCACACGGUAAAGGGGACGCCGUUUGAGACCCCGGACCAGGGCAAGGCUCGGCUUCUCACUCACUGGGAGCAGAUGGACUACGGUGUGCAGUUCACCGCCUCGCGCAAGUUCCUCACCAUCACACCCAUUAUACUCUACUUCCUCACCAGCUUUUACACCAAGUACGACCGAGUCCACUUCGUCAUCAACACGGUGUCCCUGCUCACCGUACUCAUCCCCAAGCUCCCUCAGCUGCACGGAGUCCGUCUCUUCGGGAUUAACGAGUACUGAAGGUUCUCCUCACUCAUCAGCUCCUCUUUGUCUGAUGGAUGACGUUGAGAAAUGAAAGGAAAAGAAGGGAAACUUAACGGGUCACUUAACAUCAUGUCCACUGGUCACUAUUUGGUGUUUUGACGUGAUCUGUGGAUCAGGAGCGAGAGCUUUUCGACACGUCAGGCAGCGAUUUGACCAGGAUAGAGUUUUUUUCCCAGCAAAUAGUUUCCCCCCACUUCUUUUCUUAAGAAUUCUGUACGCUCGGAUGUUUUCGAUGUCCAGAAAACGGAUCGAAUCGCGUACAUGGUUCCACAAACCCGGAAAAUAAAAAAUAAAAAAGCACAAGAACAAACGGCGUAGAAAUAAGCAAGAGAGGAAAAAAUAUUCCCGUGUCUUUAUGGACCUUCAUGGAUUUGGAUGUCUGUGUUGGGCUUUUAGCUUUGCUAAUUCACUCUUAGCUCAGUAGGUUACGUUAACUGAAAAAACAGUGUUUUAUUUGACAUUUCGUCAGAUUUCGAGGGAUUUCUGCUGCUGCUUCAUCGUCUGUUAUUCGCUUGUUUGUUCAAAGCAUGACAUUUUAAAUCCUUUUUAUUUUAAAUGUUUUAUUCAGUCUGUCGAUACUCUUUAGGAGACCUGGUAAUAAUAGUAAUAAUAAUAAUAAUAACAAUAAUAAUAAUAAUAAUGGGUGUAUUAGUUAAUUUCGAUGCUACAAUCCUGCCUGGGAAAUGUUUUGGGAUUUUUCUUGGUGAUUUUAGUACACAACAACGUCGUGCUGUUCAGACAUGCUUGUGGUUUGGUCAAAAUCUACAGCGCUGUAGUCCAGGAACAAAUGAAUCUUUUCAGUGAGCGUGACUCAGACAGAUACGUUCAGUCAUGUAGGGUUAGCUAACGCAGAUCAGGCUGUGUUGGGAUUGGAAAAUAAUCCGAAACAUGCUGGUGUGAUUCGGCUGUUCAUUACGUUUUACGUUUACUUUCCUUGUUCUGCUCAAACACUACAGAAAGUUGACAAUGUUCAGUAUUUAUAAUCUAUUAAUAAGUCAAACUCCUGCUUUUUAUCCGUUUAUGGAUAUCGCUCAUGUUAGAGAAUGUCCACAAAGCAAGAUUUUCAACCUUCUUAUAUAAACAGCUGUAAACAGUCCUUCCUUCACCAUCGACUCCUUUUAUUUUCUUCUCUCUCUCUUAAAGUUACAGUGAAAGCCCAAAGCGUAAUCUCGUCCGUCUGAACAGACGAGUGGUGGAAGUUCUGCUGCUGAGACUCUCUUCAUCUUAUCCUACAAAUGAUUAUAGAUUGUUCCUCAUUACAUAACAUUACAUUUGAAAGAUCUGAUUUCUCACAUAUGGAGCGCCCAUCACUCGAGUCCUUGUGAGUUGUUACCAUGGAAACCAUCACGUAUUACAUCGAGUCUUUGCUUUUUAACGAAUUCCUGCGCUUUUUAUCGUCUGUUAACUCCAAACAGUAAAAUAAAGGGGAGGGAGAACAUAUAAUAAACAUCUAUUUUAGUGAGCAGGAUUGACCUGAAAUCAUUGUCCAGUAUUAAACAAGCGGAUGAAUAAAUGAGAUUGGUUUAAAAGUGUCCAUGUCGCUAACACUAACGCUAGUUAGCCGGCUAGUUAACUGCUAGUAAGCUAGCUGGACAUGGAGUAUGAUUUUAUUAUCUGAGAUUUCUGAGAGAGAUUGUCUCAAUUUUGUCACGGAUUUUAUGAACAGAGGUGAAACGUGUCAACAUUGACUAAAAAUCUAAUAUGAAUAAAUGUAUCUAUAAAGUAUUUCAAAGAGCAUGGAGUGAAUGUGAACCAAUAUGGCUGUAAAAUUACAAAAAAGUCAAUGUUAUAACAUCAAAUAACCCCACAAUUAGCCUGUUCCACAUGAGAAAGCAUACUGUGAUUAUAAGCCCCGCCCCUAAAGGCAGCAUUUUAGGAAAUAAUAUCAGUUUAGUCAUGAAUGAAUGUCUACAUUUAUACAAACACAGCUGUUGUUUGUAUCUGUAACAGAUUCUGUCACAGAGUAUCACAGUGUCACUUCCUGUUCUUCGACACGAUUAACAUAAAGCGGUUGAAUUAGCGACAUCACAAACUAGCAGAGAUCUAGCCCCACCCCUUGGUCAGUUGUGCUGAGAAAGGGGGGUGACAUCAUGUGACAUCAUCAGAACACACAUGACGCUGUUCCCCUGAGUGUUUGGAUAUGUCACAUGUCUAUAUUGCAGUAACUUUGUGAUUCUGCUUAAUAUUGAAUGGAUAGAUACAAGUCUAUGGGAAUUUUUGGGAUUUUCAAUCUUCCUGUAUGGGAAAACGAAAUUCCGGAAAAAUUUAUGGCUUCAUCCGGACCAAGAUUCUGAAGGAGCUGGCCGAGUUUGGUGUCGAUAUCUCGAAAGCCUGCUGAGUUAUAAACCUCCAAAGUUUUGAAUGGAAUUCUAUCUGAAAAAAGGCCACUUUGAGCUUCCGUACCAGGAAUACUGGAAUUCCGAUCGCUUAGAAAAGUAACAACUAUGCCGAGUUUGAUGCAUGUAGCUGGAAAGCUCUAGGAGGAGUUAGAGUCAAUAAUUAAUUGUCUAAGAAAAUAAUCCUAAGAAGUUUAUUAAGCAAAACAGAAUAGCCAACAUAACAACAUAAAUAAAAUACAAUAAUAACAGGCCCAGAAUCAAUCCUGGCUCCAAAUCUCCGCCCCCUUUUUUUGUCCUGUAGGUAAACAGUAUUUCUGACGUAUUUGAUUAAAGUGGUGUACGUAUUUAAUCUGCUGAACUCUCUAGCGUCUGCUUGGGUAGCGCACAUCCUGUUCUAGCAGAAAGAACACAGAGAAACACAGUAUUUGUGAACAGGAUUGGAGGCAGGGGCUAUUUUUAGAUUCUGGCUCGUGUCGUAUCAUUGGUCAGUUUCUCCUACUAUUUAUAGACACGCUGGUUUUGUCUCGUUAAAGCACUAACGCUAAAAUUAGACGAGUCAGCCUCUCGGGUUCAACUCUUUUGUUUCAGACUCUCUUCGUUCUCAGAAAUGAGACGGGGUGAGUUGGGGGGAUACUGGUGCUCUCUGAAAGAAAGAGAUGCACACACACACACACACACACACACACAACACCACUCACAGCCCAGAGACUUCAUUGUUUUGUGUUUUUGUUCAUUUUUUUCCAUCAUUUAUUCUCUGUUCAGGUUUUAAUCAUUGCCUUUAAAAUGCUUUGGCAAAACUCUGUACAAUUUGUCAUGCUAAUAAAGCUGAUUUGAAUUGAAUUGAGAGAUGGGGAGAGAGAGAGAGAGAGGCAGGCUGAGAGACUGAGGGUGAGACACACCGAUAGAUUGAGACUUAAAGAGAGAAAGAGUGUUGUAGGGACUGAUCGAGAGAGACUGAUAGACUGAGACUAAUAGAGAAAGAGAGAGACUGAGAGAAUGGGUUAGAGAGACUGAUGGAGAGAGAGACUGAUAGACAGACAUUAGCUGUCUAAUAAUAGAGAGAGGACUGAUGGGGAGAGAGAGAGAGACUGGUAGACUGAGGUUGAUAGAGAGGCUGAGACUGAAUGAGAGAGACUGAAUGAGAGAGACUGAUAGAAUGAGACUGAGAUUAAUGGAGAGAGAUAGACUAGUCUAAGAGUCUAAUAGAGAGACUGAGAUUGUCAGAGAGAAAGACUGGUAGUUUGAGGUUGAUAGAGCGGCUGAGACUGAUGGAGAGAGACUGAGAGGAAGAGAAAUACUGAUAGACUGAGACUGAUGGAGAGAGACUGAUUGAUCAAGAGACUGGUAGAGAGACUGAUAAACUGAGAGUGACGAAGAGAGGUUGAUAUAGAGAGGUACAGAGAGAAAGAUUGACUGAGGUUGAUAGAGAGUCUGAGAGAGGGAGAGAGAGAGAGUUAUGAUAGAGAGGUGACUGAUAGGGAGAUUGAGGCUGAAAGAGGGAAAGAGUGUUGUAGGGACUGAUCGAGAGAGACUGAUAGACUGAGACUAAUAGAGAAAGAGAGAGACUGAGAGAAUGAGAGAGAGAGACUGGUAUACUGAGGUUGAUAGAGAGACUGAUAGAAAGAGAUAGAGAGACAGAUAGACUGGUUCUACUGGAGUCUGAUAUAGAGAGGAAACUCAUUGUAUUUAUAUUUAUUUAAAUCUGCUAUAAACUCACUUCAUAACAGGAAAUCUCACAGAGAACAGAAGUGAGAUAUCUACCUGUCCUACCUGUCCUUACAGUGUCACACCUGUCCUAAUUCAGUAUUUUAUAACCGCUAUUACAUCACUAAUGUCCAGUGUUUUAUAACAAAAUCAUACACAAAUCAUUUUCAUACGCUGUCAUAAAUUCACUCAUACAAUUACAUACAGAUAUCAGUACAGCAGGUCACUCAGCUUCUAGAAGAUUCUCUGAGUUUCUCCAGAUUUUGUUCUGGGAGUAAAGAUUCUGGGGAAAAAUGACCGAUGCAAACACAAGGUCCAGUACAUCAUUUUAAAAAAAAUUAAAAAAAUAUUUUUUAAUUUUUUAGGCUUAAGAUAAAAGAAAAUAUAUAUUACAUAAUAUAUAACAUAAUUGAGUUGAUUCAGUGUUCAAAAAUUAUAAUAUAUUUGAUAAAAAUGAUAAAAUAAAAAUAACAAAUCUAAUGUAAUAACACACCUGUCAUAGCUAACAUAUAGGGGAAAAAAUAACAGAUUUUUUAAAAUUACAUUCUUAGUUUUGUUGUUUUAUAUAUUUAUUUUAUUUCUUUUAAUUAUAAAAAAAAUAAUAGUUAAAAAGUUAAAUAAAUUCAAAUACAAGAAUCCUCUUCUUGUCGGGACAUGCUAAUAACAGAGUUGUCUUAUUACUCCCCAUGUUUAAUUUUUGAGCUUUCAUGGAAUUAGUUAUAUUUGUAGAUGAGUUAUACAUUUUAUAUGUACAUUUUCCUGUUUUAUUAUUAUUAUUAUUUUUUUUUCAUUUAAAAACUAUUGGGGGUGAAAACCUUUGCACUCUGUAGUCCUCUGGAAUCAAGUGUUAAAUAAACAGAGCUUUAUGUUCAUGUACUUUUGUAGAUGUCUGUCAUGUUUUUAAGGACGUACGCUGCGAAAGAACAUUCAGGAUUUUUAACCCUUUGGUUGUAGUGUGUAUUUUAAAUGUCUCUCUCUCUCUCACACACACACACACACAGACAUUUCCCAGUUAUCUCACACACAGAGGAAUAUUUACAUUAACAGCCAGGCUGCUGUCACAUAGACCCUUUCCAUGAAAUUGUAUUUCAUUUUGGCAGAGAAAGAGAGAGAUAGAGAGGGUGAGGAAGAGAGAUAGAGAAAGACAAAGAGAGGGGGUGA